AAUAAAACAAAUACAUAAAAAUCAACAUAAUGUGAAACAAAUCUCAGAUAUUUUAGUCUAUUAAUAAUUUACUCCAAAGUUGGAUCAAAUACAUAAACAAAGUCAUCUGUUGCAUAUUAAUUUAUUCUUUUCAAAAAGAAACUUAAACUUCCUUUAUUUACGUAUUUAUAUAAAAUAAAAAAAAACAAUUCUUGAAUGAAAUAGUGAUCAAUAAAUAGGAAACCAUACUUCAUAUCUUUUGUUUCGGUUUCUGUUCCUUCUUCAAUCUUCAUUCAUUCAUUCACCAAACUGUUUCAAUAUAACCAACUCAGGUUAAGGAGAAUUGUUGGUGUUUUGAUGUUGAUUGUAACCAUAUCAUAGAAAAAAAAAGGCUUAAGAAAAAAGGGAGAAAAAAAGUGGUUAAAGGUUUGAAGCUUAUUAUAUAGGGUACUAGAGAAUUAGGUUAUUGCUAAAAGGCAAAGUAAACCAAUGGAGGAAAUAUCUUCAAGUGUUGCAGUACCAUUUACACUUGGAAAUUUGAUUCAAAAGGAUGCUGCGGUUACGACUCAUAUGGAGAUAACCGGGUUAAAGCUUAUGGCAAAUACUGCUGCAGCUUUGAUAUUAAAUCCUGCAGUUGGGAAUGAAAAUCAUGCUGAUGUUAGUCUUCAACAUCAAAUCACGGUAUCUGCGGAGGUAAAGGAGAAUCAAGUUGGAUCUGCUGUUGUCUCGGAAAUGGUGAUUGAAUGCGAGAGUAAUUGGGUUUUGAGUGAAAACCGUAACCAGACAAUAAAGGAAGAUGAGAUCAUGUUAGCUGUGGAUUUUCAGUGUCUGCAUAAUUCAGGCUCUCCAUCGGUGGCAGAUUCACCAAUAAUCGUCACGGAUGGUGAUGAUAUUCAUGGUAAGUUUAGUAUAAACGAGGUACUUCCGGCACUGAAGCCAGAUCAGAAUACGGUUUCUAUUGCAAUGGAUAUUGAGAGUGAAAAUCGAAGUGUGUCAGAAGGGGCUGAUCCGAAACUAUCUGCUAUGAUUCUUGAUCAGUUGGAAAAGGAGAACAAAACACAAAGAACAAGCUACCAGAAUGGAUUGGAAGUGAGUAGUGAUCCUCUUUGGGGUUUUUCAUCAAUCUGUGGCAAUAGACCGGAGAUGGAAGAUUCUGUUGCUGUUAAACCUCAACUUUUUCAAAUCCCUACACAGAUGCUAAUGGAUGACCAUGUGAAUGAAAACACAAAAUACUCACUAGCCCAUUUUUUCGGUGUCUACGAUGGACAUGGGGGCUUUCAGGUUGCUAAUUACUGCCAAGAACGUCUUCAUUCAGUGUUGGUUGAGGGGAUUGAAGCGCAACGGUUGAGGUUGGCCGAAACAAAUGGGAGGAACGAUUGGAAGGACAAUUGGAAUAAAGCAUUGUCCAAUUGUUUUCAGAAAGUAGAUGAUGAGAUUGAACCUGUUGCUCCUGAGACUGCUGGCUCCACUGCCGUGGUUGCCAUUUUAAGUCAAACCCACAUGAUAAUUGCAAAUUGUGGGGAUUCAAGAGCUGUCUUGUAUCGCGGGAAAGAAGCCAUUGCAUUGUCUUCUGACCACAAACCAAAUCGAGAGGAUGAGAGAGCUAGAAUAGAAGCUGCAGGAGGAAGAGUCAUACAUUGGAAAGGAUACAGAGUUCUUGGUGUCUUGGCCAUGUCAAGGUCCAUAGGUGAUAGAUACUUGAAACCAUGGAUAAUUCCAGAACCAGAAGUUAAUAUUGUGCAAAGAGAGAAAAACGACGAGUGCCUUAUUUUAGCAAGUGAUGGUUUAUGGGAUGUAAUUACAAAUGAAGAAGCCUGUGAAGUUGCAAGAAAGCGAAUCCUUCUUUGGCAUAAGAAGUAUGGCGACAAUGGAACAACAGUACACGACAAAGGAGAAGGAGGAGUUGAUCUUGCAUCUCAGUCUGCCGCUGAGUAUCUAUCUAAACUCGCCCUCCACAGAGGAAGUGGCGAUAACAUAUCUGUAAUUGUGAUAGACUUAAAGGCUGUGAGAAAAUUGAAGAGAAAGACAUAACAUAGUGUGUUUUUAGCAUGUUGAAAUAUCUUCAUUUAUGCUAUUGAUUUACGGUUUGUAUUUCAGAAUCACUAGAACUUUUUAGCCCUUUACCUUUUUAAUAGGGCUAAGUAAGUUAUGUAUGCUAUAAAAUUCAAAGUGUA